AGACGCUAUGCACCCUGUCAGCAGUUAGUCACCCGAUGCAAGGCCAGCCUAGGCUUGUGAAGGUGCUAGUACUCUCAACGGAAGGCUACUGUUGGGGACCAGACCCAACAUGGAUGCUGACCCAACAUGGAUGCUGUCCUGACUCUUCCCUGUGUGUGCACUGCUCACUCAACUUUGUUGGCCUCGUCAACAUUUGUUGAGAUGUCAGGAAAGUUAAAUGUAAUUGCAAUAUCGGGCAGAGGGACCAUGUCUGGACUGAAUAUCUUGUGUGAGCAGUGCACACACUUAGAGAAGGGGAGAGGAUAGUGGUCAUGCUUGGUAAGCCCUGAUAAGCGUGUGCUGAACCAGACCACUAUCACACAAACGCCUUGGCACACAUGCUCCCUGUUGUUUAACCAGCAGUGUAUACAUCAAGUAUACACCAUUAAGGGGAACAGAAAGGCUUGAGAUUAACCAGGGAGAUGGGGCACUUUUCUGCCUCUCAGAAUUUUCUCUCUCAAACCAAUGGAAGUGAAGCACAUGCUCCUUUAUCUUCAUGUUCUAUCAUAUUCUUUCUUUGUGCUCAAAUCUAUAAAAGACAGAGUACUCAGUCCUAGCUUGGACGUGACAAAAAGCCCCCACCCCCAUACCCUUUCCUCCUUCCCUUCUCCAUAACCACUCAUUUGGUGGUUUAGAUACAAGUCACGGUCCAUGCUGUAAGUGGCUGGGUGGCCAAGCACAUCUUAUGUCCAGGGCCUCUGUGGCUGCAACAUGAAGACAUCCCAGCCAAUCAACCAGUGGCCUCUUCACUAACAUGCUGAAGAACAAGCAGCCCACUGCGGUAAGCAUUCGAGCCACCAUGCAACAGCAGCAUUUAGCCAGUGCCCGCAAUCGCCGACUGGCCCAACAGAUGGAGAACCGGCCCUCGGUCCAAGCUGCUUUGAAUCACAAGCAGAGCUUGAAGCAGCGCCUGGGAAAGAGUAACAUCCAAGCCAGGCUGGGCCGGCCUAUUGGGGCUCUGAUGCGUGGAGGACCUGCUGGAGGCAGAGGAGGAAUGAGGGGAAUGACCAGGGGAGGCCUCCGAGGACGAGCCAGAGGAGGAAUAAUGAGGGGAGCUUUGUCUCUGAGAGGGAAGCGGGUGUCUACAGGUGGCCCCAUGCGAGGCCGUAGCUCUGCUGGCCGUUUGCCAAUGCGUAGAGGAGGCCGCCAUCGUGGAGGACCUGCUGGAAGAGGAGGAGCUAUGUCCCGAGGAGUAGCUCGAGGAGGAAUUGCCAGAGGCCGUGGUGGACUACGCGGGCGUGGUGGUUUCGCUGGUCGAGGUGGACGUGGACGCGGGCGGGGCCGAGGUGUAGGCCGACCAACUGUUACACGUGAACAACUGGACAACCAAUUGGACGCCUACAUGUCAAAGACCAAGGGUCACUUGGAUGCCGAACUGGAUGCCUACAUGGCCCAGACAGACCCAGACAGUAUGGAGUGAAAGAUUGGAGCUGAGCAACAUGUAGAGUCACUGCAGAACUGUAUAGCUGAAUUCACACAAACGGCAUAGUUUUGAUGUACUGAGAAAUGAUUGUUACCAAUUUAGAGAUGUGGUGGCACUUCAGGACUACUAAGUUUGAAGAGCAGCAAAUCAAAAGUGCCACGACCACUAAUGCAUCAAUCUGCAGAACCCCUUUUAAUUCUGCAGUACCUGUGUGAAAGGACCCUUUUAAGCAUUAGAAAACUCUGCUGUCUAUAAUCUUCCCUGUUUUUUGAUGAUUUUUUUUGUUAUUGUUGUUUAAGACCAGAAGAAAACACUUCUUAUUUUAAAUAAAUUGAUUAAACAUC